AGUGGCUUAUUCAGUGGUUUACCGGCACUAGCGGGGCCCCAACGUCUCGCCAAUUCCAUCAGGCAAAAGUUCAACACUAAUUCUGGUUAUCCCCGGCCCGGCCUGAUGCGUCCCGCUUCGAGCACAGCGCCACCAUACACGUUUCCAGAUGUGAUUACUAUUAGUUCGUACUGAGUUCGUAAGAAGAGUGUUCGGAUAAUAUUUUAAUGAGAAAAAAUUCCCCUGAGUAAGUUCAAAUCGUCUGAGUGGGUGUAUUGGUGAGAUUAUUCAACUUCGGCCUUGAAGAACAGCAAGAAAUCAUCAUGACUUCGUUUAAAGUACCGAUCGUAGACUUGGAGAUUGGUGAACUAAAGGACAUAGUAUGGGCGAAACUGCAGGAGCCAGGCCCACAGAAAAAAUUAGUCCUGGUUAUAGUUUCAAUAGCCCUGCUUCUGGAUAACAUGUUGUACAUGGUGAUUGUUCCAAUUAUACCGGAUUACUUGAAAUAUAUUGGAGCAUUUAACAAUCCUGACGGCACGCCGAACAAUGAGACAGGUCAUCAUGGACAAGAUUCAGCGACAGGUGUUCUAUUUGCAUCAAAAGCUAUCGUACAACUGAUGGUCAAUCCAUUUUCCGGUGCUCUUAUCGACAGAAUUGGCUAUGAUAUACCAAUGAUGAUUGGAUUAUGCAUAAUGUUUCUGUCAACGGCCGUUUUUGCUUGCGGUAGAAGUUACGGUGUACUGUUUUUCGCGAGAAGUCUUCAGGGAGUUGGUUCGGCAUUUGCUGACACAUCUGGUCUAGCUAUGAUCGCUGAUCGUUACACCGAGGAAUCAGAGAGAUCGAAAGCUUUAGGGAUUGCAUUAGCUUUUAUCAGUUUUGGUUGUCUUGUAGCUCCUCCAUUCGGUGGAGCCUUGUAUCAAUUCGCUGGGAAGGAGAUGCCCUUUCUCAUUCUGGCCUUCGUCAGUCUGGCAGAUGGUUUUAUGCUGCUCCUUGUAAUGAAACCUUUGAAGGAACAGCUUAAGGAAGGGAGAGCACGAGAGCACAUUGAGACUGUACCAAUCUGGCGUUUAUUCAUGGAUCCUUACAUUGCCGUCUGCGCUGGGGCUCUCAUGAUGUCUAACGUAGCUCUUGCCUUUUUGGAGCCGACAAUUUCACUGUGGAUGGAGGAUCACAUAACCCGAGACAAUUGGAAGAUGGGGAUGAUCUGGUUGCCUGCAUUCUUCCCUCACGUAUUCGGUGUGAUAAUCACUGUUAAAAUGGCCAAGCAGUAUCCGCAGCAUCAGUGGCUGAUGGCAGCUGGUGGACUUGCCUUAGAGGGGCUCUGCUGCUUCAUCAUACCAUUCUCAACAUCCUACAAAUUCCUCAUGAUUCCCAUCUGUGGAAUUUGUUUCGGUAUAGCUCUUAUCGAUACGGCUUUGCUGCCGACACUGGGAUAUUUGGUAGAUGUACGAUAUGUCUCGGUUUACGGUAGCAUCUACGCUAUUGCUGAUAUAUCUUACAGCGUAGCUUAUGCUGUUGGACCCAUAAUUGCUGGUGGAGUAGUUGAGGCUAUUGGUUUCACAGCUCUCAAUAUUGGAAUAGCAUUCUCAAAUCUUUUGUAUGCACCUGUUCUGUACUACUUGAGGCAUAUCUACGACUUCAAGCCAUUCCAGGACGAGGCCAAUGUUCUCAUGCAAGAUCCACCAGACAAAGAGUAUCAGACUUACGUCCUUCAGGAGCAGAGACCAAUUUCGGGAGAUGUUGGUAAUCAUUUGACACAGGGGAGAAUGGAGACAGAUAUUGACCAGAGUAUAGAGCAAGGCUAUCAGUCUGGAUAUAAUCAGAGUGGGUCUGGUUAUCAACAAGAGAAUUAUGGACAACAAACGUAUGAUCAGCAAUAUAGUCAGCAAGGGUAUGCUCAACAGAAUGUUGGGCACGUUGGAUACGGUCAACAGCCAAUUGGUCAGAGAAAUGUUAGUCAGGAUUUCAGGGGAAGUGAUACGAGUCAAGAUGCUAAUCCAUUCAGAAGACCGGCGGAGCCAGAGCGGCCGUCGGGUGAUAGCAAUCCCUUCAGACAGGGAAUGUACUAGUGUGAUUUAAUGAUUGAAAACAGAUGAUAUAUAUUAAAUAAUCAUGGAAUGCGUUUUCAUGGGAUCUGAUACUAGUCUUCAAGGCAGGCUUCCAAUUCACCGAUCACGUCUACCUCGGGUGAAAAAAAUUCAAUCGAAAGCAGGGGGAGAGAUAAAAAUGAUCAAGUGAUGUGAUGUUUUCAUUGUUAUAGUGGUGAUAAAAGUGGGAGAGAUUAAACAGUGAUAGAUUAUAGAAAAUAAAUUGGAGAAGAAGUUCAAAAUGACGGAUCGCUUUCCAAAUACAAUCAUCUUGAUCAUAAGUCUCUCUGGUGUUUACGAGAAUUCCAGUCAGCAAGGGAACUCGCAGAUCACCGGAUGACAACUAUAAUUCAGUUCUUUCUUAUCAUUGACUUUUUUUUUGGAUUACAUCAAUGUUUUUGUUGAAAAAACGUUGCUGAACCAGGAUAACAUAUCAGGAGACCGGGGAUAAUGGAAAAUGGCUGCAAUUAUCAGCACCACAACCAACUCCCGGAAUCCAAAAAUUAAAUAAUGAUUAGUAAGUAAGUAGUUAAGAUUAGGGCGAUAAUUGAUGAAAAUGAUAAUACAAAUAAUUAGAAUUAGUAGGUGCUCGAAAUAAAAAAAAAAAAAAACCAGAGUUGAUUAACUUGGGAUUCGAAUAUUUUUUCACAAUUCUGAGUUUAUUAUCUGGCUCUGGUUGAGUCUGGGUCGGGGGUGCAAGUGCGAAUAUAUGAUUAGAAUAAAAAUCCGAGUGUAUAAAACACAUGAGGAUUACAUAUCUGUAUUUUUAUGAGGUUUUUCUAAGUAAGUAGAAUUUUGUUGGGAGCUUAGAGGCACCGGCUAGUGAAAUAUAAAAUAAUUUUUUUAGAUUUCCUCUUUUUUCAUUUGAAUACGAUGAGUGACAGUUUGCUGAUGUAAAUUUUUUAUUGAACCUACACGAAUUCACAUACUUUGUUCAAACUAUUAGAUGAAAAUCGAAAAACACCAAGGGAAAUAUCGUUUAGAAAAUUGUAAAGGCAAUUUAUCUUCCAGAAUACUAAAUAACUGUGUAUCGCUCUUUUUUUUACGAUUGAAAAAUGACAUUCGAUUUUUUUUUCGCAUUACCAAUGGAGGGUUUAGACGCGCGAAAAUGACGUGCAUGAAAAAUCCUUACCUACUCGUCAAUACUCAUAGGACAUAUUGCGAGUAAUAAAAACCGCAUCGCAUAUACUACGAAUAAUGGCAAAGAAAAUUUAAUAAAUUAUAAUAAAGAAAUGCACUUGCAGUGCAGGGUCAUUCCAAAUGUUGAAGAAUAAAAUUUCGAAAUGACAGAAUAACCAAAUAAAUAACUGAAAAAUAGAAAUCUAUCUAUGCCUCCCUUUGACCCUAUUCAAUGUCGAUGUUGAACUCCCAUUAGUCAGUACUUAUAUAACCGUUGAUUAAUCCAUCUUGAGCUCGAAAUCGUUUAAUAAAUUAAUCACCGUAGAGUCUCAGAAAGGAAAUAAUGAAAAAAUGAAAGGAAAUAACAGUAUUGAGCUUGAUGAGUUGAAUUAUGAGGAAUUCAAUAGCGGAAAGACGAAGGAAAGAGGAAAGAGAAUAAUAAAACUAACGAAACCAUUUGGAAGACCAUUUGUGAUUAGAUAAUAAAAGAAAAAAAAAACAGAUUUUCUGACAUGAACAUCUGCCUAUUGCCUACAUACGCUAUAGUUUCCUUUCCUUUUCCUGUAGCAUUAAUCUUAAAGUCCUUGUAAAUAAAUAACAAAAGGCGAAAAAGGUGAAUAUAAAAAAAACAAAAGCAUAUCUAUCCUCUAUAUCCCACGAGCGUUUGCAAUACGCCUACUGUAACAUAAUGCGAAUGUCGUGGUAAUUACUGAUAAAUAUAAAUAUAUUUACUAUGGAUAACAGAUAUAUAUUAUAUAUAUGAGUUGAUGAAAUUACCAGAACUAAUGAAAAAAUCUAUAUAAUGAAUUCGUUGCUUGAUGCGAAUAUUAAAGUGUGAAAGAAAGUGAGAAUGAAAGUGAUGAUGGGUUUGAGCUUGUCUCCGCGUUCCAUUAUAACAUGUCAACAUUUUCGCUCAUUUUUAUUUCGUAUUCUCUCGCUAAAUGAAAGUCAAACUGAUGAAAGUAAUAGUUAUAAAUAAUAUUAACUUUAACACAAGGAUGACGAAGCAUAUUCUCGAGUGAGACUAAAGUAACAAUAUGCAGUUGUAAACAUUCGGAGAAUAAAUGAGGUGAAUUUUAGAAAAACUCAUAAAAAAAAUGACGAAAGCGCUAUGUACGAUGAAUUUGCCUGUGCAUUACAUCACCUGGCCCAUCACAAUUCGAUGGAAAAAUUAUAUACACUGACACAUAAUAUGCACUAUCAAGGGUAUCUUAUAAAACACGUGUAUGUAUGUAUAUCUAAUGGAAACUUUCAAAUGAGAAUACCCGCAAAAUUUAAUGAUUGGAAAUGUAAUUGGAAAAUGAACAAAGAAACACUGUAAUGUUGUUGAACCGAUUAUUAAAGAUGUCAUUGUUACCGAAG